AUGUCUAGAACGUACAAGGCUAUAAUUUUGCUUAAUUCUAUGCCCGACACAUAUAAGGAAGUUAAAAAUACAAUUAAGUAUGGCAGGGACACUUUGACGCCUGAAAUUGUCAUUGAAUUCCUUAGAAGGAGAUGGAAAUUAGUGCUGAAAAGUAUGAUAAGAAAAAUGGAAAUUGGUAAGCGAAAGGUUAAAGAGAGAAAUGAGGUAAACGUGUUGUUUCCUACUUCCGAUGUUGAUGACAGUGAAGUUUAUAUGAUUACGAGUUCUAUUGCUUAUACUUCUAACUUGAAUCUAACUGCUAAUUCCCGUAUGCAUGAAUGGAUACUUGAUUCUGUUGCAUCUUUUCGUAUGACAUCUGAAAAGAAUUGGUUUGAAAAUUUGCAUGAAUUUAAUGCUGGGCAUAUUAUGCCGUGUGAUAAUUUUGCCUACAGUAUUGCUGAAAUUGUUGAUAUUAAUAUAAGGUUUGACACUAGCUUUGUGUACACCUUGAAAGAUGUUAGAUAUAUUCCUGAACUAUCUAGCAAUUUAAUUUUAGUAGGAAGACUUGAAAAGAACGACUUCACUGAUAAAAUUGGAAAUGGGACAUUAAAGAUGAUUAAUGGUGCAUUAGUCUCCAUUAAAGGAACAAAGAAAAAUGACAUUUAG